GGGCUGGACGGGGGCGGGGCAGCCCCCGGCACAGCACACCCCCUUCGGUGGGAGCGGCCAGAAGGGGGCGGAGCCUGCGGCGAGCGGCAGUGCCCUUGCCGCGCAGCGACGGUCGCCGGUUCACUCCGAGCGGUCAGCGCGGCGCGGCGGCUCGGACUCGGAGAGGCCUGCUGUCGGCGUCACCAUGUUGUCCCGCGCAGCGUACAGCACGAGCCGGAAGCUGGCGCCGGCCCUGGGGUCCCUGGGCUGCAGGCAGAAGCACAAACUGCCCGACCUGCCGUACGACUAUGGCGCCCUGGAGCCUCACAUCAACGCGCAGAUCAUGGAGCUUCACCACAGCAAGCACCACGCGGCCUACGUGAACAACCUGAACGUCACCGAGGAGAAGUACCUGGAUGCGCUGCAGAAGGGUGACGUCACCACCCAGAUCUCCCUCCAGUCCGCACUGAAGUUCAACGGCGGAGGCCACAUCAAUCACAGCAUCUUCUGGACAAACCUGAGCCCCCACGGCGGCGGGGAGCCCACAGGGGAGUUGCUGGAAGCCAUCAUCCGUGACUUUGGUUCCUUCGCCAAGUUUAAGGAGAAGCUGACCGCUGUGUCUGCUGGCGUCCAGGGCUCAGGCUGGGGCUGGCUUGGUUUCAACAAGGAGCGAGGGCGCUUGCAGAUUGCUGCUUGCUCUAACCAGGACCCCCUGCAAGGAACCACAGGUCUUGUUCCGCUGCUGGGGAUCGAUGUGUGGGAGCACGCGUACUACCUGCAGUACAAAAACGUCAGGCCUGACUACCUGAAAGCUAUUUGGAACGUCAUCAACUGGCAGAACGUCACCGAGAGAUACGUGGCCUGCAGACAGUGAGGCCCCGGCACGGCGCCGCCGGGUGGGUGCGCGGAGCCAGCCCCGCCGGCGGCUUCGGUGGCAGCACUCGGCACCUGGGCCGGCACACCCGGGCCGCUCUGCCGCGGCGCUUCUGAAUGUAGCUUCUUCAAGUGUCUGAUACACAGUACUUUAGCGCCAUGAAUGAUGUCUCGUGUUAAAAUUUUUGUUGCUGGGCACCAGUUUGAAAAAUACUAACUGCUUUGUAUGAUUUUAGUCUCUUGAUUGAACGUUUUCUUCAGAGAGAGAAAGUGCCAGGAGGUCACAAAUGCCACCACCAAGCCAUCGAAAGUGUCGGGUCCCCAUGCUCUUGGGGUGUCUCGGGAAGCCUUUCCGAUCCUGUUCUGCCGCGUUAAUAGAAAAUCUAGUCCUUUCACCCAGUUUAACAAUAAAGUAUUCAAUUUUUUUCCCAAGGGAAAUGUUUAGUUUUUCUAUCGAAAAUUGCUUAUUUUGUAAGUAACCCUACGUCUAGUAUUCCUUCUCGUAGUGUCACGCAGUGGUCUUCAAUUGUUUGUAGUCACGUGUUGCACAGAGUUAACACUGUUUUGUCAUUAAAAAAAAUGUAUAUAUAUAUAA